UGUCUUAAAGAAAAAAAAAUGACUUCUUCCUCAUUGACCUGUGGCCGCUCGAAGGCCGUCAUCUUACAUCUUUCUACCUCCGCAGCACACAACACGCCUUAGCUGGCAACAAAGUCAGUUUGUGGAAUUUGGGGGAAGGGCGGGGUCUAACCUCAGGUCAGACGUGGUGCAAGGUACAUCUUGGCACCCAGAAGAGGCUCAGCAGGUUUGCCCCCGAGGUGACCCUACCUCCCCCACCAGUUGAGGCACCCUUGUUGCCAGGCAAGCCACGGGGUUGCGCUGAUUGGCCAAGAAGGAACGCCUGUUACUAGAGACGAGAACCAGAGUCCCAUUGGUCGGGACACCUCACAAUGGACCCCAGCAGCGCGCAGAGUCCUUAUGAUUGGUUUGCCGCCUGUCUCAGGAGACCCUAUUGCCUGGAGCUCAGGGUACUUGGCGCUCCCAACCCGACCCCGGUUCCCCAUUGGCCUGGCAAAAGCCGCCAUCUAGUGAGCAGCGAAGUGCGGGGCUCCGGAAGGCAGGCUUUCCGCGGUGCGAUCUAGUCCUGUGGGAGGCAGCCCGGGCCGUACCGCAGCCGCCCAAACCAGUGCAAGGCCCCAGGGCCUGACAUCGCUUCCAGUGCUCGAGAACCAAGGCCUGCUGUGGAGGACACUGUGCUCCCUUGGGACCUGCUCUGAAUCCCGGCCCAGGCGUCCCCUCGGAGCUCCGCAUCUCCAACCUGGAACCCAACCCAGAAGGCUCAAGUUCGACGGGCCCACUUGGCGUGCGGAUCCACUAAGGGUGGAUCCACAAAGAGGGGUGCCCAUCUCCUGCGUCUUAGUUAUCCCGGUAAUCGUGUAUCCGCCAACUGUUGAUCGCCUCAUUAACUUGGCUUUCUGGGUGCACCCACCUCCUCACCUGUCCAAACCUGACACUUCUCUCCAAAGUGUUGGGAAUUCUGUGCCCUAAAGAAUUCCAACUCAGAUCCGAACAGGGAUCUGGUGGAAUCGAGGGUAAAAGGCCGGAGGGACCAUGUUCUACUAUCCCAAUGUGCUUCAGCGCCACACCGGCUGCUUUGCCACCAUCUGGCUGGCAGCGACACGCGGCAGCCGGUUGGUGAAGCGCGAAUACUUGAGGGUGAACGUGGUGAAGACCUGCGAGGAAAUCCUCAAUUAUGUGCUGGUACGAGUGCAGCCCCUGCAGCCCGGCCUGCCGCGGCCCCGCUUCUCCCUCUAUCUCUCGGCCCAACUUCAGAUCGGUGUGAUCCGCGUCUAUUCUCAACAAUGCCAGUACCUCGUGGAGGACAUCCAGCACAUCUUGGAGCGCAUCCACCGUGCCCAGCUGCAGAUCCGAAUAGAUAUGGAGACUGAGCUACCCAGCUUGCUGCUUCCUAACCACCUGGCCAUGAUGGAGACCCUGGAAGAUGCUCCAGAUCCCUUUUUUGGGAUGAUGUCUGUGGAUCCCAGACUUCCUAGUCCUUUCGAUAUCCCUCAGAUUCGACAUCUUUUAGAGGCUGUGUCCCCAGAAAGAGUUGAAGAGAUUCCUCCUGAAGUGCCUACAGAGCCCAGGAAGCCAGACAGGAUUCUGGUCACUAUGCUUCCCCCAGAGGCCAUCACGCUCCGGGAGGAAGAGCCCAUACGGAUGCUGCAGAUUGAGGGUGAACGGGAUAUCCCAGAGAUCAGCCGCCGAGACUUGGACCUACUGAUUGCAGAGGAAGAUGAAGCUAUCUUGCUAGAAGCCAGGCGUCUCCAGCAGCUUAGGGCCCGCCUGGCACUGGAAGAGGCAAAGGAGGAGCCCCGGGCCCCAGAGGGUGAAAUCAUAGUCCCCCGGAUCUCACCUCCAGCUCCUGCAGAGGUAGAAGGAAUAGGAGAGCCACUUCCAGUCCAGGUCCUGGUCCCUGAGGAGCUGAGGCCGACAGGCUGGGAGCCUGAGGCCCUGCUCAUGGAGGUGACCCCCCCAGAGGAACUUCGUCUGCCAGCCCCACCCAGCCCAGAGCGGAGGCCUCCGGCACCCCCACCUCCUCGCCGCCGCCGUCGCCGCCAGUUACCAUUCUGGGACGAGGAGACACAGAUCUCCCGGGAGAAAUUCCGGAAACAACUACAAACCAGAGCCCACUGCCGGGAAUGUCCCAUGGUGCAGCCUCCUGAGAGGACCAUCACAAGCCCUGUGGAGUUGUUCAGAACCCCAACUCUGUCUGGCUGGCUACCCCCUGAACUACUGGGCCUUUGGACUUCCUGUGCCCAGCCACUCCCAAGAGCACUCAGGCGAGAGCUGACCGAAGAGGCUGCUGAGAGGGAGGCAGCUGCUGAGGAAGAAAGGAGAAGGAUUGAAGCUCCAAGUGAGAUUGAGGUCCCAAGGGAGGCCUGGGAGCCCAGUGGUCCCCUUAUGGUGUCUGCAGAGCUCUCCCUGGAGGCAGCUGAAGAGGAGAAGUCCCGUAUCAGCCUCAUCACACCAGAACGAUGGGCCUUGGCUGAGAUGGAGCAGCCAGAGGCUCCUGCAUUGCCCAUGGUGCCUGAAGUCCCCGAGGUGCCUAUGGAGAUGCCUUUGGUGCUACCCCCAGAGCUUGAGCUACUCUCACUGGAAGCUGUGCACAGGGCAGUGGCACUGGAGCUGCAGGCCAACAGGGAGCCCGACUUUAGCAGCCUGGUAUCACCUCUCAGCCCCCGCAGGAUGGCUGCCCGGGUCUUCUACCUGCUCCUGGUGCUCUCAGCACAGCAGAUUCUUCGCAUAGAACAAGAAAAGCCAUAUGGUCGCCUCCUGAUCCAGCCGGGGCCCAGAUUCCACCGAGGUUAGAGUCCAUUUAAACCGUCAGGAAACCGGCCACUUCGAGUAACCAUGCUGUGCUUCACUGGGCCCUGCCUGCCUCAUUUCUGAAUGUGCAUGUCUAGCCUUCUUGCUCUGAGUUAUUGUUCAAGCAGAAAACAAACUGCUUUUAUU